AUGGACCGAUACGCUAUCGUGAAACCCCGUGCUCGGCUACAAAAGUUAACCGUACGCAUACAAAAGCUUACAGAAAGGUAUGUGGCGGGAACACCGAAGGCCAAGUUACAACUCUUAAUGCUGGAAAUGCUUGAAGUGUGGAAAGGAGAAUUCCUUGACGAAAUCAAGCAGAUUGACGCGGUGCGCGACCAGCAAAACACACCGCAUUCUCCAGCUCUUGAGACCGAUGACGGUAAUCGAGGUGCAACACCUCCUCUGGGGGAUCCGGUAAUAAACGAAACCGACGAAAGGACGGGGACUCCUUUCACCGAGCAACUUGAAACUGAUCAACCUGGGGUUUCCGAACCGGGCGUCACAGAAGAAAGGGUCAAGUCCCUUAUUCAAGAGUUUGCAGAAUCAACGGUUCAACCAUUGGAGACGAAAGUCAAGAAAGCCAUGCGCCAAACACUCUUGUUCGCCGAAAAGACGAUGAAUGAUCUUAUUAAGGCUGAGAACCGGAUCACAAAAAUCGAAGCCGACUACCGGGACGACACUAUUCUGCGCAACGAUCAUCUUAAGCGAACCGAGGACUUGGAAGAAAAGACCUCAAGGAUGCUCACAGAGGUCGAUGAAGACCUUGGGCGGUCAAGCACCGAAGCCGCUUCCACACUAAAAAGAGUGAUCAGCCUCGAGGAGAAGAAUGCAAGUCUUGAGGACAGAAAUACUCAACUCGAAGCCGACCUCAAGGCGCUAACCGAACAGGUAAACGAAUUAAUCAAGGCCAAGAUUAAUGCUGAUACAGCGGUUGUAGAGGCAAACGCCCGAGCGGCUAAGGAAGUUCAAGACGCGCUAGACGAAGAAGCGCGGAAAGAAAAGGAGGCUCUGCAAUUAACCGAAGAGGAAAUAGCCGAACGGGAACGAAUCAUAGUGGCUAAGUAUCCGGGACUUGCAAAGUCCAUAGCAGUUCAAGCGGCCAAGGAUGCAGAGCGGUUAAAUAAUGAAAGACAGAGACUUGAUGAAUUUGCAACCGCUCACAAGAAGAAAAAGGCAGCUUCCUCCUCUUCGGUUCCGGCAAAACGAAAAAGGAAAACAUCAUCAAGGAAGGCUGAGGUAGCCGGGCUGCUGGAAAGGAUCACCGAAACCGUUAUUGAAACUCAACCGAAUCCAGCCAUACACACCGAGGAUGAAGAAGAAGAGCAUCUCGAGCCGCGGUUUACAAGACAGCGAGUCUCCAAUACGGUUCCAAUUAGCACGGGCGGUCAACCGCAAGCUGAAGGUUCAUCUUCAAGACCGGAUGAGGAAGAACCAAUCGAUGAUAUGAUGGACUGCUUCAGAUUCUCCGAAUCAGAAUAG